CCUAAAGCCAAGGAAGGCUCUUCUAGAACUUCAGGCCUGCUAACACUCUCAGUUCAGAAACGCAAUUGGGAUCCAGGAUGGAGAAAAAUGAUCAGUUCCUGCAGACGCUGGGCAAAAAGAUCGUCAACAAGUGUCUAGAUUUGAAUAGCUGUGGAUUAACAACCSCAGAUGUGCGCAAAAUGGUUGCUUUGCUGCCUUUUCUCCCAGACUUGGAAGAACUGGAUAUUUCCUGGAAUGAUUUUGUUGGUGGGAACCUCCCCUCAAUCACUCAACAAAUGCAUGUUACCAGCAAGUUAAAAGUCCUGAGGCUGGCUAGUUGCAGACUUACCACUGAGGAUGUCCAAGCACUGGGAGAAGCGCUUGAUAUGAUACCUGAACUUGAAGAGUUAAAUUUGUCCUGGAAUAGUAAAGUGGGAGGAAACUUGCCUCUGAUUCUCCAGAAGUUCCAAAAAGGGAGCAAGAUACAUGUCCUUGAACUAAUGGAUUGUGCCCUCACAUCAGAAGAUGGGGCAUUUGUGGGUCGGUUGCUACCCAAGCUGCAAAGUCUUGAAGUACUUGAUCUUUCCAUUAACAGAAACAUCGGUGGUAGUCUCAACAGUAUUGCUCAGGGAUUACAAAGUGCCUCAACUCUGAAAGUACUGAAGUUACAUUCAUGUGGAUUAUCACAAAAGAGUGUCAAAAUAUUGGAUGCCGCUUUUAGAUACUUGGGUGAACUGAGGAAAUUAGAUCUUUCCUGCAAUAAGGAGCUGGGUGGAGGUUUUGAAGAUGCAUCAGCCCCACUGGUCAUGCUAAAGCAUCUGGAAGUCCUAGAUCUUCACCAGUGCUCACUAACAGUGGACGACAUAAUGUCACUGACCCAGAUUAUCCCUUUACUCUCCAAUCUUCAAGAACUGGACUUAUCGGCCAACAAAAACAUGGGCAGCUCUUCUGAGAACCUACUCAGCAGGCUCCGAUUUUUACCCGCAUUGAAGUCGUUACUCAUAAACAACUGCGCUUUGGAAAGUGAGACUUUCACAGCUCUCGUCGAAGCCUCUAUUCACCUCCCCGCUCUGGAAAUAGUCAACCUUUCUUGGAAUAAAUGUGUUGGUGGCAACCUGAAAAUGCUUCUGGAAACACUAAAGCUAUCAACAUCUCUUCAAGUGCUGAGGCUGAGCAGCUGUUCCCUGGUGACAGAGGACGUGAAACUCCUGGCAUCAGUUAUACGGAUGGGACAUCUGACCAAACUGCAGAAGCUUGACCUGAGCUAUAAUGAUGGCAUCUGUGAUGCAGGAUGGGCCAUCUUCUGCCAAAACUUGUGGUUCCUCAAAGAGUUAACAGAGCUGGAUAUUAGCCUUCGGCCAUCACACUUUCGGGACUGUGGACGUUGGUUUAGAUACCUGUUAUGUGCUGUGACCAAACUCCCUGAAAUCACUGAGAUAGGAAUGAAAAGAUGGACCCUCCCAGCCUCACAGGAGGAAGAACUAGGAUCCUUUGACCAAGAUCCCAAAAGAAGAGGCAUUCACUUUGACCAUGGUGGGUUUCGGUAAACUGGCUUC